CACUGCCGCCGCCGGGGGCGCGCAGGCGCAGCCACCCCUGUUUGUUGGCCCCGGAGAAGGGAGGAGGUACAGUGGAAGCCAAAACCGAGGCCUAACCGGAGCUAACCGGGCUUGACUCAGACCGGAAGGAGGCACCAGUCCCGGGGGCGAAGAGUGUCAGAGUAGAUGGCGGAAGCCCAGCAUUUAGAUCCGCGCUAGCCUGGCCGCGAGGCCUACAGAGAACGGGCGGGUCGGCGUGCCGAAGCCUCCCAGGGCCAGGGCCUAACCUCAGGCCCCUCGCCCCGGGCAAGGAGCCCAGGCUCCGGCCUUUGGCAGCAAGGUUUGGGUUCGGGCCCCUGCGGAACUACAGCACUUCCAAGAGCGGGACCGAAGCUUUCAAAGAGCAUAAGGCCUUCACAGUGACUAGGCCGAUCCCGGGCCUCCCGUCGGGGCCGGACUUGGACGAGGCCCCGGGGAGGCCCCUAGGCCACCUUACUCACCUUCCCUCCGACCGACGUCCACCUUCGGGAAGAUGCAACGCGCCCUACCCGGUGCCCGCCAGCAUUUGGGGGCCAUCCUGGCCAGCGCCAGCGUGGUGGUGAAGGCGCUGUGCGCGGCAGUGCUGUUCCUCUAUCUGCUAUCCUUCGCCGUGGACACAGGCUGCCUGGCGGUCACACCGGGCUAUCUCUUUCCACCCAACUUCUGGAUCUGGACCCUGGCCACCCAUGGGCUGAUGGAGCAGCACGUGUGGGACGUAGCCAUCAGCCUGGCCACAGUGGUGGUGGCCGGACGGUUACUGGAGCCCCUCUGGGGAGCCUUGGAGCUGCUCAUCUUUUUCUCAGUGGUCAAUGUGUCUGUAGGGCUUCUGGGGGCCCUCGCCUACCUCCUCACCUACAUGGCUUCCUUCAACUUGGUCUACCUGUUCACUAUCCGUAUCCACGGCGCCUUGGGCUUCCUAGGUGGGGUGUUGGUGGCGCUCAAGCAAACCAUGGGGGACUGUGUGGUGUUGCGAGUGCCCCAGGUGCGCGUCAGCGUCGUCCCCAUGCUGUUGCUGGCCCUGCUGCUGCUACUCCGUGUGGCCACAUUGCUCCAGAGCCCGGCACUGGCUUCCUACGGCUUCGGGGUCCUCUCCAGCUGGAUAUAUCUUCGCUUCUACCAACGCCAUAGCAGGGGUCGAGGAGACAUGGCUGACCAUUUUGCUUUUGCCACUUUCUUCCCGGAGAUCCUGCAGCCCGUGGUGGGACUGCUGGCGAACUUGGUGCAUGGCCUCCUGGUGAAGGUAAAGAUAUGUCAGAAGACAGUGAAGAGGUAUGACGUGGGAGCACCAUCCUCCAUCACUAUCAGCCUCCCGGGCACAGACCCUCAAGACGCCGAGCGGAGAAGGCAGCUGGCCCUGAAGGCUCUCAAUGAGCGGCUCAAGAGAGUGGAGGAUCAGUCUGUCUGGCCCAGCAUGGAUGAUGAAGAAGAAGAGGCUGGGGCCAAGGUGGACAGCCCCCUCCCCUCAGAAAAAGCUUCCACAACCCCAGGGAAAGGGACUACCCCAGAAUCCAGUCUCAUCACCUUCGAGGCAGCUCCCCCAAAGCUGUAACUCCAGACUGCCUUGAGUGUGGCAGCUCUACUCCCAAGCACCCCUGAAUCCUAACAGCUACUGCAGGGCACUGACUGCUCUGAGAAGAGAGAAGGCAGCCUGCUGGGAGCUUCCAUGGCCUCCUGCUGUUUCUCGCCAACACUACCCAGGACCCUUGCUACCUGGUUCCAAUUCCAAACAACCACUAUGCUAGGCAUGGGGCCUCUGAGGUAAGAUUGCACCUCAGCAGGCAGCCUCAAAGACGCGGCUACAGGUCACUGGUGUUUCAGUUCCUGGGCCAGCCCUCAUAGCUGAAACUGGUUGCCAAGAGCCCUGAGCCAAGGCAAGGACUUGGAUUUGCCAAAAACGUUCUGGGGGCCCAGCCAGUGCAGGAGCCAAUGUGGGGCUGCACAUCCCUGUCCACCCCCAGAAGACUCUGUUCACGUCAGGAUUUCUUGUUUCCUUCAGCUGUGGCAGGGACUGGUUCCAGGCCAGGACAACCACAGCUACAAGGUAUUUUCUACAGGACCACUUGAGUGGGCAGCCAAGGCCUGCCUCACAGUAUCAAUAAAGCAGUUCUUUGA